AAAAUCAUAGCGUCAAAUACUAGUGGGAGUACAGUAUGUGCAAAUAGGCAUGGUCGGUAGGAUUUAAUAAGAGUGAUUACGUUGAAAUUAUCCUUUUAAUAUUAUAUAUUGUAUAUCAGGUAAAAAAUUGUAAGCUUUUCCAUGUCUAUCUUUUCCAGUAACGACUAACGAGUAGCUUAACUGCUUAAGGUGCUUAAGCAAGCAAGACAGGGACAAAUAAUCUAGGCAUAUCGAAACAAAGCACAAUACAUCAGAAACCUCCAGAAAUAAAAAACACUUUUAUGAAAAACUGUCAGGAUUAGAUUGGAAUAAGCAAAUUUAUACUAGAACUAAGAAAGGAUAUUAUUCAAGUUCUGUAAUUCACCACAAGAUGGCAGAAUCAGAUGCAGCUGCAAAAAGGAGGGAAGCGCGGCAACGGAGAAUUUUACAAAAUUCCGAAAGUCGAAUGAAAAAAGUAAUGGGACUUGAAUCGUCUCAAGGAAAUGAAGCCCCUGAACCAGUUUCGGCAAAAUCUGAAAAUAAAUCUGCUGAGAUUCAAAAUGAACCAUGUAACAUUGCGGAUCAGUCUCAAAUUGAGGAGAAUGCUGAAAAUCAAUUUGGAAAUUCUGAACCAGCAAAAUUAAGCAAUGAGAAAACUGACGAUGAAGUGUUUAAUAACGGCCCUAGGAUUAAAAAAGAACCAUAUAUAGAGGGUGCUCCAGCCCCAUUCAGUUUUCCGAAGGAUACCAUCAGCUUUGAUUCAGUUGGAAGAAAACCGAAAGAAGAAUCUCCAAAACUGGAUGAGCAAAAAUCUACAUCAAGCAAUAUAGUAUUCCUCAAAUCAGGAAUCCUUUUUAUGGUGGCCUUUAUUACUCGUUGGAUGUUAUCAUUUGGAUUCUCCGUUUUUUACACACAGUCUAUAUUUGUGCCGUUUAUUCUCAUUGAAGUGGCCAUGGUUUACAAUAAGGAAAUAUUCUUUGUUGGAUCGCAACCUGCGAGUGCUCUAACGUCACUAUUAAUGCUAUCGGGAGUUAAGACUGAAGUGUUGCAGACGUAUAAUAAAGUGUCUGGAAUCAUGACGUACAUCAUGGAGGAUUUGGCGAUCUAUGCAUUUGUGUUCGUUUCUGUGCAUUGCCUUGUAUUUUAAGCACAGUGUUAUCAUGAUAUGGGUGCUGUUGAUAUAACAUUAUUACCAUUACUCUGUUUUGAGUACAGUUUUAUCCUGAUGACAUGAAAAGACUCGUGCCGUUGAUAUAACCAUUACUGUGUUUUGAGCACAGUGUUAUCCUGAUAUGAAAAGACUAACGCUGUUGAUAACCAUUACUGCAUUUUGAGCACAGUGUUAUCCUGAUGAUAUGAAAAGACUAGUGCUGUUGAUAACCAUUACUGCAUUUUGAGCGCAGUGUUAUCCUGAUAUGGAUAGACUUGUGCUGACAUUACCAUCAAAUUAUUCACUGCUGUAAAGGUCCUUUCAAUUUGGAAUCCAAAGGACAUUAUGUAUGCUUUUUAACCCUUCUUGGACUGUUAUGAAAUCUCACUUCACUUAACUUAAUUUAACUUCACUUAACGUGCAUGGAGUUGAAUUAUUGUACACAUUCAUGGUUCACUUUGGCUUUAAUAAGUGUUUACUGGAGAUACACUUGAUUUGACGCUACUUAAUUUGGCAGAUUUUGUUCAAUUUCAAAUAUUAGCGGCUAUUUAAUUUGGCAGAGUCGGGACUGAGCUCAAGUUUUAUCAUUGAUCUGGAAAUAAACAUUUCAGAUUCAUGUGUUCUGCUUCCAGUAAGUCAUGGUAUAGCACUGACUUCCAAAUAGAAAUACUUACACAAGUGAGACAAUUGCAAAUUACAAAUUCUCUAGGGAUUUUCCAAAAUAGAUCUGAAAACUGGCGGAUUUUUAAUUUGACAGAUUUUUUCAAUCCGCCAAUCAGUCAAAUUAAAAUGGUAGCCAAAUUAAGUGUAUCUACAGUAUUUACUGUACGCCCGGUAUUAUUCGCGAGCUUUAAUUUCGCGAAAACACGGUUUCGCGGCUAUUAAAUUUCGCGAAUACUGUAUUUAAUCGUAUUCGGGGAUUCCCCAGUAUAUGAUGUCCAAUCAAAUUGCAGGCUACGAUCACGUGAACAAUUGUGCACACAUGCUCUUUCAUUGCCUCGCAUGCGCAUAGUAAAGUCAUGGAGUUGCAAAGUACUAUUGAAGUACUAUAACUCGAUCCAAACUAGUAGACAAAACGAAAUGCAUCAGAGCCC